ACGCUACCCAUAGACUCAGCACUGCACCAUAGACUCAGCACUGCACCAUAGACUCAGCACUGCACCAUAGACUCAGCACUGCACCAUAGACUCAACACUGUACCAUGGACUCAACACUGCCCCAUAGACUCAGCACUGCACCAUAGACUCAACACUGCACCAUGGACUCAACACUGCACCAUAGACUCACACUGCACCAUAGACUCAACACUGCCCAUAGACUCAACACUACCCAUAGACUCAACACUGCCCAUAGACUCAACACUGCCCAAAUACACUCCACAAUGCACAUAGACCAACACUUUCCAUCCACAAUCAACACUUCGCAUUGACUAAACACUGCUCUUAGACUCAACACUACCCAUAGACUCAACACUGCACCAUAGACUCAACACUGCCCAUAGACUCAACACUGUCCAUCGACUCAACACUCUUAAAGCCUCACCUGUUGGUCUCAAUGAAAGUCUGGGCAUCUCGUGCGAGUCUAUGGGUCUGUCUAAGUCUAUGGGUCUCUAUGUGAGUACGUUAGUCUCUUUGUGCAUCUGUGGGUCUCUCUGGAAUUCGGCAUCGCUCUGUUACUCGAUAGGACGAUGAGAAUCAUUGGUUCUCUCUGUUAGUCUACGGGCCUGCCUAGUAAGUCUCUGGGUGUCUACGUGAGUCUAUGAUAGGCAUGUAUGUACGCAUGUGGGUCGCUUUGUAAGCCUGGGUCUCUAUGUGAGUGGCCCUGUAUUUGUGUCUGAGUCUAUGAAUGUCUGGAUUAUUUUGAGUCUAUGGGGACUGUAUGUGCAUCUGUUGGUCUCUUGACAAUCUGUUUCUCUAUUAGUCUAUAGGUUCAUGAGAAUCAUUUGGUCUCAAUAUUAGUCUAUGGGACUUUAUGUGCAUCUGUGGGUCUAUAAAAGUCUGGGUAUCUAUGUGAGUCUAUGGGACUUUAUGUGCUUCUGUGGGUCUCUGAAAGUCUAUGUCUCUGUGAGUUAAUGGGACUGUGUGUCUGUGGGUUUCCAUGAAUGUCGGGUCUCUAUGUCAGUCUAAGGCCCUGUAUGUGUGUCUGUGAGUCUAUGAAAGUCUGGGUCUCUAUGUUAGUCAAUGGAACUGUAUGUACAUCUGUGGGUCUCUGAAAGUGUGGGUCUCCAUGUUAGUCAAUGGGACUGCAUUGUGUCUUGGUCUCUAUGAAAGUCUGUGCAUCUCUCUGUUAGUCUAUGACACCGAAUGGAGUUACGCUAAUUUCAUUUUUCAACCUACUAUUUGCCAUGGCUUCUGGCGUUUCGUACAGGAAGAGUGUGUGGUGCCUUGCUGUGGUUCUACGAGCCCUCACUGUGCGUGUGUGUGUGUUCCUGUGUGUGUGCGUGCACGUGUGUUCCUGCGUGCGUGCGUGUUCCUGUGUGUGUGCGUGUGUGUGUCUGUGCGCGUGUGUUCCUUUGUGCGUGUGUGUGUGUCGUUAUCCUCGCCGAUCCUGGCCGUGUCCGGCGUGACCCGUCCAUGCCGCUUCCUGCCCGUGACUUUGGAGACCCAGCCGCGGCAAAGGCGCCGGAGAACUACGUAGGCUUUGCCAAUCUCCCCAACCAGGUGUACCGCAAAUCGGUGAAGCGCGGCUUCGAGUUCACCCUCAUGGUGGUCGGCGAGUCUGGCCUGGGGAAAUCGACGCUCAUCAACUCCCUGUUCCUGACGGAGAUCUACUCCAGCGAGCACCCGGGGCCAUCCCAGCGUAUCAAGAAGACUGUGCAGGUGGAGCAGAGCAAGGCGUUGGUGAAGGAGGGCGGUGUCCACCUCACCCUCACUGUGGUGGACACGCCGGGCUUCGGCGAUGCGGUGGACAACAGCAACUGCUGGCAGCCCGUCAUUGACUUCAUCGACAGCAAGUUUGAGGACUUUCUGAACGCGGAGUCGCGCGUAAACCGGCGGCAGCUGCCGGACACUCGCGUGCACUGCUGCCUCUACUUCAUCGCUCCCUCGGGCCACGGGCUAAAGCCUCUGGACAUUGAGUUCAUGAAGCGGCUGCACGAGAAGGUCAACAUCAUCCCCCUCAUCUCCAAGGCCGACACGCUCACCCCGGACGAGUGCAAGAACUUCAAGAAGCAGAUCAUGAAGGAAAUCGCGGAAAACAAAAUCAAGAUCUACGACUUCCCCGACACGGAGGACGAGGAGGAGAACAAGAUGGCCAAGAAGAUCAAGGAGCGGAUUCCACUUGCGGUCGUGGGCAGCAACACGCUCAUCGACGUCAACGGCAAGAAAGUUCGCGGGCGACAAUAUCCCUGGGGCGUGGCCGAGGUUGAAAACGGCGAGCAUUGUGACUUCAACGUGCUGCGCAACAUGCUCAUCAGGACCCACAUGCAGGACCUGAAGGACGUCACCAACAACGUUCACUACGAGAACUUCCGCAGCCGCCAGUUGGCGUCGGUCGCCUGCAACUCGUCCGACAACAACAAGGGCAGAGGACAGCUCUCCAACCGGAGCCCCAUGGAGCAGAUGGAGGAGGAGCGGCGAGCUCACGAGCACAAGAUGCGCAAGAUGGAGCUCGAGAUGGAGCACGUGUUCGCGCUCAAGGUCGAGGAGAAGCUGCAGAAGCUCAGGGACUCGGAGGGCGACCUGCAUCGUCGUCACGAGCAGAUGCGCAAGAACAUGGAGGCUCAGAGCCGCGAGCUGGAGGACCGCCGCCGCCACUUUGAGGAGGAGAAGGCGGCGUGGGAGAGCCAGAUGCACCUGCUGGAGCAGCAGCAGCGGGCCGAGGGCACGCGGACUCUGGAGAGAAACAAAAAGAAGAACAAGAUUUUCUAGACUCCCCCGCACGGUCGCCCCGCGACGUCUCCCGGCUCGACUCUCCCCGCCGCUGUCCCGCUCAUCGUCGCCACCACCCCCCACCACCCCUCCCCUCAACCUCACUCAGUACCCUGCACCUCGUCCCUCUCAUCACCUGCGUGCGUGCACGUGCGUGCGCGUGCGUGCACGUGCGUGCGUGCACGGUGAACUUUUUUGGCACCACCGCAUGCAUCCAACCGUGCUAAUCGGGAGUGUACGGGGGAAGAGCAACUAUGGGUCUCUGUGUGAGUCUGUGGGUCUCUGUGUGUGAGUCUGUGGGUCUCUGUGUGAGUCUGUGGGUCUCUGUGUGUGAGUCUGUGGGUCUCUGUGUGUGAGUCUGUGGGUCUCGGUACGAGUCUGAAGGUCUCUGCUGUGUGAGUCUGUGGGUCUCUGUGUGAGUCUGUGGGUCUCUGUGUGUGAGUCUGUGGGUCUCUGCUGUGUGAGUCUGUGGGUCUCGGUACGAGUCUGAAGGUCUCUGCUGUGUGAGUCUGUGGGUCUCUGCUGUGUGAGUCUGUGGGUCUCUGCUGUGUGAGUCUGUGGGUCUCUGCUGUGUGAGUCUGUGGGUCUCUGCUGUGUGAGUCUGUGGGUCUCUGCUGUGUGAGUCUGUGGGUCUCUGCUGUGUGAGUCUGUGGGUCUCUGCUGUGCGAGUCUGUGGGUCUCUGCUGUGCGAGUCUGUGGGUCUCUGCUGUGCGAGUCUGUGGGUCUCUGCUGUGCGAGUCUGUGGGUCUCUGCUGUGCGAGUCUGUGGGUCUCUGCUGUGCGAGUCUGUGGGUCUCUGCUGUGCGAGUCUGUGGGUCUCUGUGUGAGUCUG